UGCAGUCACACAAGAAGGGGCGGGUACAUUUAUACUCGCCGCCCUCUAUGACCAUAUAUGGUCCGUCUGGCGGUUCGACGCUUCGGCUACAUCCACCCGGCGAAAAGUGGACACGAGUCGUCGGUGUGCUCCGGAGACCAGUAAUCCCGUUAUCAAGCCUUCCACGACCAUGCCAUCCGACCUAGCCAAGAAGAAGGCAGCAAAGAAGAAGGAGGCUGCCAAAGCUCGCCAGCGUACCAAAAAACCUGAAGAUGGAAGUGAGGAGGGCGAGCAAGCAGAGACCCAGCGUAAUGGAGCAGAGAGCAACGGCAUUGCGAAUUUGACCAAGGAGCUGGAUGAAUUUGAGCUGGCGAAGACCGAGGCGCGGGCAGUGACCGGCGUCCUGGCCUCGCACCCCAACAGCACUGAUGUCCACGUUAGCAGCCUGUCGCUCACCUUCCACGGCCAGGAGCUUCUAGCCGACACCAGCUUGGAGCUCAACUCAGGCAGACGCUAUGGGCUUAUUGGCCUCAACGGCACAGGAAAAUCCAUGCUGUUGUCGGCCAUCGGGCAUCGUGAGAUUCCCAUUCCAGAGCACAUCGAUAUUUACCACUUGACCCGGGAGAUGGCCCCCAGCGAGAAGACGGCUCUGCAUUGUGUCAUGGAGGUGGACGAACAGAGGAUCAUGCUGGAGAAGGAGGCGGAGAGACUUGCCGCCGAGGACUCCGAGUGUGAGAAGCUGAUGGAGCUGUACGAGCGUCUGGAGGAGCUGGAUGCAGACAAGGCAGAGGUGCGAGCCUCUCGGAUCCUUCACGGUUUGGGUUUCACCAGUGCUAUGCAGCAAAAGAAAAUGAAGGACUUCAGUGGAGGAUGGAGGAUGCGCGUUGCUCUGGCCAGAGCCUUGUUCAUCAAGCCCUUCAUGCUGUUGCUGGAUGAGCCCACUAACCACUUGGAUCUGGACGCUUGUGUGUGGUUGGAGGAGGAGCUCAAAACGUUCAAGCGAAUCCUGGUGCUCAUCUCGCACUCUCAAGACUUCCUGAACGGUGUAUGCACCAACAUCAUCAACCUGCACCAGAGAAAACUCAAAUACUACACGGGUAACUAUGACCAGUAUGUGAAGACCAGAGAGGAGCUGGAAGAGAACCAGAUGAAGCGCUUCAACUGGGAGCAGGACCAGAUAGCACACAUGAAGAAUUACAUUGCCAGGUUUGGUCACGGCUCCGCAAAGCUGGCACGACAGGCACAGAGCAAAGAGAAGACGCUGCAGAAGAUGGUGGCAUCCGGCUUGACUGAAAAAGUUGUGAAUGACAAGACUCUGUCAUUUUAUUUUCCUCCCUGUGGGAAGAUUCCUCCUCCUGUUAUCAUGGUUCAGAAUGUGAGCUUCAAGUACAGUGACAACACACCGCACAUAUAUACAAACCUGGAGUUUGGUAUUGACUUGGACACACGAGUGGCUCUGGUGGGACCCAAUGGAGCAGGAAAGUCCACACUACUGAAGCUGCUGAUGGGAGAACUCCUCCCCACCGACGGCAUGAUCCGCAAACAUUCUCACGUCAAGAUUGGCAGAUAUCAUCAGCAUCUGACAGAGCAACUGGAGCUGGACCUGUCUCCUUUGGAGUACAUGAUGAAGUGUUACCCUGAGAUCAAAGAAAAAGAGGAGAUGAGGAAGAUCAUCGGUCGCUAUGGGCUGACAGGAAAACAGCAGGUCAGUCCGAUCAGAAACUUGUCCGAUGGUCAAAAGUGCCGGGUGUGUUUUGCCUGGCUGGCCUGGCAGAACCCUCACAUGUUGUUCCUUGACGAGCCCACCAAUCACUUGGACAUCGAGACCAUCGACGCGUUGGCGGACGCCAUCAACGAGUUUGACGGCGGCAUGAUGCUAGUUAGCCACGACUUCAGGCUAAUUCAACAGGUGGCUCAGGAGAUCUGGGUGUGUGAGAAUCAAACCAUCACAAAGUGGAACAGGGACAUCCUGGCAUACAAGGAGCACUUGAAAUCAAAGAUCGAAAACCAAGCGCAUGACAUCUAAAUAAACCAUAAAUCAUUCUGA